ACGGUUUUUUUUUUUAUAUUUUAUACAGCUAAAAACGAAAAGCUUCUAUGCAUGCUCCACCACCUGUUUCCUCCCCGCGCUUCUCUUCUUUCUCUCACAAGAUGAGAAAAACCAAUAACAAAUAUCUUCACCUGCAAAUCCCAUCGAUCUCUGCCGUUCUCUACUUUUUUCUCUUGCUCCACCACCUUACUAUCCUCACCGCCGGAGAUUCACCAUCUCCUCUUAUCGGCAACAUAACUAUUGACUGUGGCUCUACUAGUGCUACAACUGCAGAAGGUGAUCGAAUCUGGACUGUAGACACCGAUUCAAAAUUCUCCCUCCUGGAUCCAACCAACGCAUCAAUAACAUCCCCAGCUUCUAAACAUCCCACCUCCGGCGAUCAAGUUCCUUAUAUAACUGCACGCCUCUCACAGUCCGAUUUCACCUACACGUUACCGGUUACUCCAGGGCCAAAAUUUAUUCGCCUCUAUUUUUACCCAGCUUCCUAUGUCAGUUUCAGCAGCUCCACUGCAUUCUUUUCUGUCAAAGCCGGUGGCUUCACUCUUCUUAGCAACUUCAGUGCCGCGCUUUAUGCACAGGCUCAUAACUUUGACACUUUUGUUAAGGAAUUCAGCUUAAAUGUAGAAGAUGGUCAGAUGUUGAACGUAACGUUCAGUCCAACUCCUAGUAUGACUGGCGCAUAUGCUUUCAUUAACGGACUUGAAAUCGUAUCUAUACCUACAAAUCUUCUGUACAAUGCAACCGGUGAUCCAGGAAUUAAAUUUCUUGACAGGAGCGAUCUAGGCAGCCUUGGAAGCAACACUGCUCUAGAAGUAACCUACCGGAUAAAUGUUGGAGGCGGUGACGUCUCACCUCUAAAGGAUAAUGGAAUGUUUCGAAGCUGGACAGCUGAUGAUGAAUAUUUAACUAGUGCAGAACAAGGUGCAAUUCUUUCUAAUUUCGCCAUUCAUCUUAAAUAUGGCGAUCUCAAUAAUAUCUCUCGUUAUGGUGCACCGGACGUGGUGUAUGAAACUGCAAGGUCAAUGGGUAUGAACAAGAGCAUUAACGAGAAAUAUAAUCUCACUUGGACGUUUCAGCUUGAUUCUAAUUUUACUUAUCUUUUUAGACUUCAUUUUUGUGAGUUUCAACCGCCAAUAACUGAAAUAGAGGACAGGGUUUUUUGGAUUUACAUAAACAAUCAAACGGCAGAUAGUGCCGAUGUAAUUAAAUGGAGUGGGGGGAAUGGAUUUCCUAUAUUCAAAGAUUAUGGAGUAGCGAUUGAACCCCAAGGAAACAAAAAGGUUCAAAAUGUGUCUGUCGCAUUGCAUCCCAGGGUUGCUCUGACUUUAUAUUCUGAUGCAAUUUUGAAUGGGAUUGAAAUCUUCAAAAUGAGUAAUAUAGACAAUAGCCUCGCCGGACCAAAUCCUGACGUGAACUUAACAAGUGCACACGCUGCUUCUUGCUAUAGCUCUCUUCAGGACCUUUCCCCUAUGGAUUGGGCCGGCGAAGAAGACUGGAGUCAAGGACAAGGGGGUAAUGGAAGCUUGCUUGCGUGGUUGGGGGCGGCCCAUUUUCUAUUUCUUCUUACCAGACUCAGAGCUCAUCAACUCUACCGGGCUGAUAUUUGUCGCCGUUUUCAACUCUCCGAGAUUAUAGAUGCUACUAAUAACUUUGAAUCUUUCGCGAUCAAUCUCUACAAGACCGGGCAAUCCUCCAGAACUCUUCGCGAUCAUCUCUACAAGACCGGCAAUCCUCCACUUCCAUGGACUCAACGACUAGAGAUAUGCAUUGGGGCAGCGCGGGGGUUAAAUUACCUUCAUUCUGGGGCCAGCAACACAAUCAUUCAUCGAGACGUCAAAACAACAAAUAUUUUGCUAGAUGAGAAAUGGGUAGCAAAGGUUUCAGACUUCGGAUUAUCCAAAAUAGGUCCCAAUAGCAUGUCAAAGCCGCAUAUUAGUACCGUAGUGAAAGGAAGUUUUGGAUAUUUAGAUCCUGAAUAUUUCCGGCUUCAGAGAUUAACAGAAAAAUCUGAUGUAUAUUCAUUUGGUGUUGUUUUAUGUGAAGUGAUAUCUGCUAGACCGCCAGUGAAUCGAUCAACGGUCGAUAAUCCUGCGAGCUUAGCAGAAUGGGCAAGGCGAAGCUAUAGAAAGGGAAACUUUGAUGAAAUAGUGGAUCCAUAUUUGCAUGGAAAGAUUUUACCGGAUUGUUUGAGAAAAUUUGCUGAAGUAGCAGUAAGUUGCUUGCAUGAAAAUGGAAUGGACAGGCCAUCAAUGGGCGACGUGGUCUGGGGUCUUGAAUUUGCACUACAGUUGCAGGAAACUGCUACCAAGCAAGGCGAGCUUCAAACUGGAAGUUACAUUGACAUGGAGAGUCCACUAAAAGGGUCCUCAGUUGCUGAUAGCAGUGACGAUUUGUUUAGUAGCGGCAGUGAACUUGUGAUUGGUUCUCGGCUUAGUGGAAUGACAUUAAUAAGCAGCAGUGAUGAACAAAGUUUUAUUAGUAACAAUUCCGAGCAAGUAAUGUCUGGUGCUGUAUUUUCUGAGAUCAUCAACCCAAGAGCCCGAUAAGAAAUAUUGUGUAAUAUUAAUUAGCUUAGUUUAAUAUGGUGUAAUGUUUGAGGAAUUAGCUCAUUAGGGUUUUCCAACUAUAUAGUAGUUUAUAUUUAUCAAUGCAAACGGUUUACUCUAUUUCAUUUUAGUAAUUUUUCUUCUGUAUAUUCUUUAAUAAUUUUACUAUAGUUUUUCAAA